AUGUCUGAGGUAAGCAUGAGCGCCGGAAAGAAGGCAAAAGCAAACUAUGAAAAGAUCGCGAAGAAAAAGCCAGAUCCGGAGGGCCUUGCGAUCGGCGAAGAAGCGCAAGCGGCUCUAAUUCAAAAGGAUUACUCGAAGGCGAAGGCUCUUUUCGAGAAGGCACGGUACAUUUGCGAGGCAUCCGCUAUCAAAGCCACCAAGACAGCAAAGUUAGUUCGCAAGAAGAACGCUGGAGGCGAGAAGCUAUCGGAGAGUGUAGAGUUGAACGACUUCGAGCAGGAUGAUAAAGACAGAGAUAUAAUCCUGCCACAACCUGGGUCUGAAGGACACGUGUUCGCAAAGCACAAAGCGAACCUCCCCCCUGGCGCCGAGAACUACGCAAUUAACACAUCUGCUCGAAUGGCUGAACACCUAAACGCGACAGGUGGAAAAUGGCAAACGAGGUUUCCUCCUGAACCAAACGGGUAUCUGCACAUUGGUCAUGCCAAGGCCAUGCAUUUUGACUUUGGAGUCGCUGCCAAAUUUCAGGGAAACACCUACUUGAGGUUCGACGACACAAAUCCCGCAGCAGAGAAGCAAGAAUAUAUCGACUCAAUUUUAAGCUCUGUAUCCUGGCUAGGUCACAGGCCGUUCAAAGUGACUUACAGCUCGGAUUACUUCGGCCAGCUUCAUGAGUUCGCGGUCAAGUUGAUUAAACUUGGGAAGGCAUAUGUAUGCCACCAAGCGAAAGCUGAAGUUACUGCCUCGCGCCAGCUACUUAAAGAGUUUCAGCUCCACUGCGCUCGAAAUAAUCUUUCAAGGCAUGAAACGCCACUUCCUAGUGGGGCAGAGUCCCCUUAUAGACAUCGCAGCGUUGAGGAUAACCUGCGACUAUUCGAGGAGAUGAGCAAAGGAGUUUGGGAGGAAGGCAGUUGCAGUCUAAGGCUAAAAGGUGAUCUUCGAUCAGAUAUAACAUCCAUGUGGGAUCUAGCGGCAUACCGCAUCAAGUUUCAGGAGCAUCCUCACUCUACCGAUGCGUACUGCAUCUAUCCCACCUACGACUAUACGCACUGUCUCGUUGACAGUAUCGAGAACGUCACACAUUCGCUAUGCACUUUAGAAUUUGAGACACGACAGGCUCCAAAUGGACCUUAUUACUGGCUUCUCCAUGCGUUGGAUAUGUACAAGCCAAUUACUUGGGAGUUUUCACGAUGCAACAUCACCUACAACGUUUUAUCCAAACGAAAACUCAAUACGCUGGUGUCACAAGGUCAUGUUUCCGGAUGGGACGAUCCACGAUUGCUCACCUUGGAAGGGCUUCGCAGGCGCGGAUAUACCCCAACAGCUAUCAACCGGUUUUGUUCCGAGAUGGGUAUUACUCGAAACGACAACAUACAGCACCUUGAGAAACUUGAGCGAUGCAUCCGCGAAGAGUUAGAUGAUGACACUGAUCGUAGGUUUGCAGUUUUGAACCCUCUGCCGAUAACAAUAAGGAAUCAUCCAGGAGGAUCUUUGCCAGUGGAAUGCCCGUCACACCCGAAAUUUCCAGAACGCGGAACACGGGUUUUGAAUUUUACCUCGACUGUUUUCAUCGAGCGUGAAGAUUUUCGCGAAGUCGAUGACGUUUCGUUUUAUGGGCUGGCGCCUGGAAAGACUGUACGUUUACUAUUUGGAUAUAAUAUAACUUGUGUUGGGCUCCAAAAGGACGCGGCGGGUGCUAUAGUUUCCCUUGAGGCUACAUAUGAUCGUAAUUCCCUCGGUUCGAAACCUCCGAAAGGUACUUUACACUGGGCUGGUUCAGACUAUGUUCACGGUGAGGUGCGUGUAUAUGAUAAACUUUUUUCAGUUGAGGUGCCUGGUAAAAGAGUUGCGACUGAAAUUGCGGCGGAUGAGGUAGCGGAACAGCUCGAAGAUGGAGGAGUCGAUUGGUUGACGCAGCUGAACCCUUGCUCACUUGUUGUUCACCAGAAUGCUUUGCUGGAGCCACUCAUACGUGAGAUCGCUGGAAGUCCACUGACAUCUCGAUUUCAGCUUCAGCGGCUUGGUUACUUCACGGUAGACAAGGACUCAAGCGUGCAAAAGCCCGUUUUGAACAGAAUCGUGACCUUGAAAGAGUCAAAAGAACUCACGGCGCUAAGGAAAUGAUUCGUGUUCAGGGUUUAGGGUUCUACACCGAGACUUCAGGUCAAUAUGACUUCAUCCAUUACCAAAUCUGUGUUCUGCCACAUGUCUGUGCGUGCGUCGUGUGCCAGUAGCCUUCAAUUUGUGAUGAUAUUCGCAACAUCUUGGUAAAGCCAUUUUAGU